CAGUGAGCUGAGGAGAGACACUUCCAGCUCUUUGAGGAGCUAUAGCAUAUAGACACACAGCAACUGACAAAUGGCAGCCGUGGACAAAGACGUGGCUGAGAAGUUUCUGGACAGCAACCCUGACUUUGCCAAGCAGUACUAUGAUACCAAGUUCCGCCCGAAGGUCAUCUCGGACCUUUUCAAAGACAACAAGACUUCCCAGGUGAACACCAGCAGCUUCCACGAGCUGAGCACAGUGGAGGAGAGUGAGAUCAUAUUUGACAUGGUCAGAGACCUGCAGGACAACAUCCAGAUGGAGAAGGCUAUCUUCAACUUCAUGAAACAUCUCAGCUUCAUGAUACGGUCAGAGAAGAUGAGCCUGUUCAUGUACCGGAUGCGUAACGGCACGGCCGAGCUGGCCACGAGACUCUUCAACGUGCACAAGGACGCCACCUUGGAGGAGUGCCUGGUCCAGCCAGACAGUGAGAUAGUCUUUCCCAUGGACAUCGGCAUUGUGGGCCAUGUGGCCACCACCAAGAAGACUGUCAACAUCCCAGAUGUCUCAGAGAGCAGCCACUACAGUGACUUUGUGGACCAGAUCCAAGAAUACCAGACCAAGAGUGUCUUGGCUACCCCCAUCAUGAAUGGAAAGGACAUGGUGGCUGUUAUGAUGGCUGUGAACAAGAUUGGAGCUCCACACUUCACUAAGCAGGAUGAGGAGACUCUGUUGAAGUAUCUCAACUUUGCCAACCUGAUCCUAAGAGUGUUCCAUUUGAGCUACCUUCACAACUGUGAGACCAGAAGAGGACAGGUCCUGCUCUGGUCUGCCAGCAAAGUGUUUGAGGAGAUGACAGACAUUGAGAGACAGUUCCACAAGGCCCUCUAUACCAUCAGGGAUUUCCUUAACUGUGAACGUUACUCUGUUGGCCUCCUGGACAUGACCAAGACUAAGGAAUUCUAUGACCUUUGGCCUGUGCUAAUGGGAGAAGUGCCUCAAUACGAUGGACCCAAGACUCCUGAUGGCAGAGAAAUAAACUUCUACAAAGUGAUUGACUACAUUUUACAUGGAAAAGAGGAGAUCAAAGUUUUACCCAACCCUGCUCCGGACCACUGGGCUCUGGUCAGUGGCCUGCCCACCUACGUGGCUAAGGAGGGACUGAUCUGUAACAUUAUGAACGCGGCACAAGAUGACUUCUUCAGCUUCCAAAAAGGGCCCGUGGAUAGCUCCGGCUGGAUCAUAAAGAACGUCCUGUCCCUCCCCAUCGUGAAUAAGAAGGAGGAAAUAGUCGCAGUAGCCACCUUCUACAACAGGAAAGAUGGGAAACCCUUUGACGAGCAGGAUGAAACUCUGAUGGAGUCUCUCACCCAGUUCCUUGGCUGGUCUGUGCUCAACACAGACACAUAUGACAAGUGGAACAAGCUGGAGAACAGGAAGGACAUCUUCCAGGACAUGGUGCUGUACCACAUCAAGUGCAGGACGGAUGAGACCCAGAAUGUAUUGAAUACCAGGGAGAGGUAUGGAAAGGAACCACAUGAGUGUGAGGAGGUGGAACUGGAAGCAAUCCUGUCGGAAGUUCUUCCACCCUCUUCCAAGUCGGAGCUCUUUGAGUUUCACUUCUGUGACUUUGAGCACAGUCAUCUAGACCUGGUCAAGCUAGGCAUUAAGAUGUACUAUGAGUUGGGAGUGGUGGACAAGUUCCACGUCCCCCGUGAGACCCUCACCAGGUUCUGUUACUCCCUCAGUAAGGGCUACAGGCAGAUCACCUACCACAACUGGAGUCAUGGCUUCAACGUGGGCCAGACCAUGUUCACUCUGCUCAUGACAGGUGACCUGAAGCGUUAUUACACAGAGCUAGAGACCAUGGCCAUGGUAACAGCCGGCUUAUGCCACGAUGUCGACCACAGAGGCACCAAUAACCUCUACCAGAUGAAGUCUGGAAACCCUCUCGCAAAGCUCCACGGCUCCUCCAUCCUGGAGAGACACCAUCUGGAGACUGGGAAGACCCUGCUGAGAGACCCUGCCUUAAAUAUUUAUCAGAAUCUCAGUCGUGCUCAGCACGAGCAUGUCAUUCAUCUGAUGGACAUCGCCAUCAUCGCCACUGACCUCGCUCUCUACUUCAAGAAAAGAACCAUGUUCCAGAAGAUUGUGGACCAAUCGAAGACCUACGAGACCUGGGAUGAGUGGACCAAGUACAUGACGCAGCAGACCACUCGCAAGGAGAUAGUCAUGGCUAUGAUGAUGACGGCCUGCGAUCUGUCUGCUAUUGCCAAACCAUGGGACAUCCAGAGCAAGGUGGCGCUGUCUGUGGCUGCAGAGUUCUGGGAGCAGGGUGACCUGGAGAGGACUGUACUGGAACAGCAGCCUAUUCCCAUGAUGGACAGGACUAAAUCAGCUGAUCUUCCCAAGAUGCAGUGUGGUUUCAUCGAUUUUGUCUGUGCUUUUGUGUACAAGGAGUUCUCCCGUUUCCAUGUGGAGAUCACUCCCAUGCUGGACCGGCUGCUGAACAACAGGAAGGAGUGGAAUGCUCUGAAGGAGAUACACGAAGCUAAGCUGGCUGCUCUGGAGGAGGCCAAGACAGCCAAGGAGGAGGUAGCUGUUGCAGCCACCGCAGCCAAGCAGGCGACUGCAGCUGAAGCAGCCCCCCAGUCAAAGACCUGUGUUGUCAACUAGACUAGAGAGAUCCCAGUCCUGGACCAAAGUAUCUGCACCAAGACAGGAGUUUUACGUCCCUGUACCCGAUAUCGGUCUACUAGAGCUGGUUAGCAUAAGCCUAGCGUAGCCUUACAGUAUUCUGAACUUGAGCCGGUUAGCAUUUACUUAGUAUACCCUUACAGUAUACAUAACUAGAGUGGGUUAGCAUUAACUUAUUAUAGCCUUACAGUAUACCGAACAAGAGCCAGUUAGCAUUAGUUUAGUGUAGACUUACAGUAUACAUAACUAGUACCGAAUAGCAUUAGCUUAGCAUUACAGUUUACAUAACUAGAGCUGGUUAGCAUUAGCUUAGCAUAGCCUUACAGUAUACUGCAAUGUGCUAUACAUUGACCUAUAUAUGGUACCAAGCCAGAGGAUCCACAGGAUGAAGCAGUUCAUGGGCAAAUUCAAACACAGCCUAUUCCUGUGCAAUGAAUGUAAAUAUUUAGGUAUUUUAUUUGGGAUUUACCAUGUACUUACACACUCGUUAAUUUGGCCAUGUGAAUUUGACUUCCUUAGAAAUACGGAAUUCAGUUAGCAAAAAAAGGUUGGGUAUCAUUUCCAUAGGCUAAACAUACACUCUAUUCUGAAAGUAUUCAGACCCCUUGACUUUUUCCACAUGUUGUUAUGUUACAGCCUUAUUCUAAAAUGUAUAAAAUUACAUGUUUUCCUAAUUAAUCUACACACAAUAAUCUAUAAUGCAAAAACAGGCUUUUAGAAAUAAAAAACAGAAAUAUUUUAUUUACAUAAGUAUUCAGACCCUUUGCUCUGAGACUCGAAAUUGAGCUCAGGUGCAUCCUGUUUCCAUUGAUCAUCCUUGACAUGUUUCUACAAAUUGAUUGGAGUCCACCUGUGGUAAAUUCAAUUGAUUGGACAUGAUUUGGAAAGGCACACACCUGCCUAUAUAGGGUCCUACAGUUGACAGUGCAUGUCAACUGUGGGACCAAAACCAAACCAUAAGGUCGAAGGAAUUGUCUGUAUAGCUCCGAGACAGGAUUGUGUCGAGGCACAGAUCUGUGGAAGGGUACCAAAAAUGUCUACAGCAUUGAAGGUCCCCAAGAACACAGUGGCCUCCAUCAUUCUUAAAUGGAAGAAGUUUCGAACCACCAAGACUCUUCCUAGAGCUGGCCGCCAGGCCAAACUGAGCAAUUGGGGGAGAAGGGCCUUGGUCAGGGAGGUGACCAAGAAGCCAAUGGUCACUCUGACAGAGCUCCAGAGUUCCUCUGUGGAGAUGGGAGAACCUUCCAGAAGGACAACCAUCUCUGCAGCACUCCACAAAUCAGGACUUUAUGGUAGAGUGGCCAGACGGAAGCCACUCCUCAGUAAAAGGCACAUGACAACACGCUUGGAGUUUGCCAAAAGGCACAUUAAGACUGUCAGACCACUCUAUUUGGGACAAGUCUCUGAAUGUCAUUGAGUGGCGCAGCCAGAGCCCGGACUUGAACCCGAUCAAACAUCUCUGGAGAGACCUGAAAAUAGCUGUGCAGCAACACUCCCCAUCCAACCUGACAGAGCUUGAGAGGAUCUGUAGAGAAGAAUGGGAGAAACUCCCCAAAUACAGGUGUGCCAAGCUUGUAGCGUCAUACCAAAGAAGACUCGAGGCUGUAAUCACUGCCAAAGGUGCUUCAACAAAGUACUAAGGGUCUGAAUACUUAUGUAAAUGUUAUAUUUCAGUUUUUAAAUAUAAUACAUCUGUAAAAAUGUUUAAAAAAAAAAGUUUUUGCUUUGUCAUUAUAGGUUAUUGUAUGUAGAUUGAUGAGGGAAAAAACAUUUUAUCCAUUUUAGAAUAAGGCUGUAAUGUAACAAAAUGUGGAAAAAGUCAAGGGGUCUGAAUACUUUCUGAAUGCACUGUAUAUGUACAGUAGUAGCCUAUCCUUGAAUUCAGAAGUGUAUCCCUAUAUUAAAAUUGAUAUAGAUGUGUAUCCUAUGCUACCCUAUCCUAUUGUCAUUAAUAAUGUAAAGAAACCAGUAAUUCAACUCUGCAUUGCUCCCUCACUGCAGAAUUAAGUCCACAGCAUCAGCAUCACCCUCAUGAUAUAGUGAGUGUUACAAUGUGUGUACAAGGUGUGUGUGUGUGUUAACUAUCCCACUGGGGUCAUACAUAACAGUCUUACAAAACACAGAAAGAUGCCCGACCUAAUUGAGUGCGGAGAAUGAGAACUGAUUGGCAGAGUGAAUCAGAGGGGGCGGGCUUUCCUUUACUGUAGCGAAGAGCCGUGCGUCACCACUACACAACACAGUUGGUGACAUAGGUAAGCACUGUGCUGAGCACCGCACAGACCUGGCUGCCUCUUUGUCUCUCUGUUUAACCAAUAGGGGAGUGCUGCAGUCAGGGUUGGCCCUAUAGGGCUGUGGUGCUCAGUGAGGCUCCUACUGUCUCGUAGCCGCAUAGAGGCUGAGGCUGCAGGGUGAUCCGAGACAGCCAGUUAGAGAGCGUCACACUGACAUGAAUCACAGGCAGGCUGAGUGGAAAAUUAGCCAGUGGCUCCUUAAGAGACAAGUCUUAAUCAGUCUUAAUCAGUCAGUGCGUCCGUCCAUUAGGCUAGCUAGAUACGUCCCGUUAGCAAGGAUAACUGAGGACACAUACACUGUAUACUAAGCGACCCCCCCCACCCCCCCCCAAACCACUGCAUCAAAUCAACAAAUUAUAGAAUCAUACCAAAUAUGCUUGUGUCAGAUGUGAUGUUUCUCUUUGUAGAAAGCAGUGGGAAAAGGUUGAUAUUGCUUUGCUGUGUAAGACUUUCAAUAGAGAAAUCCCCUUUUCUUGCUUUCAUGUGUUGUCAUUACUGAUUACUGUCGGUCAGAAUGUGCAGCCUAGUAUGGACCCCUGCUACAAAGUCAGGCACAGCAUGUAUACGUUCUGAAUAUGCGCCACAGAAAGAUUAAGAUAUUAAACUAGCUGAACUACU